AUGCUCUCCAAGACCUCCCUUGUGGCCAUCGCGAGCUUUCUGCUCUCUCCAGUCGCAGCUGGACCGGUCAACGCCAACGAUCAUAGUCCGGCGGAUAAGAGAAGCCCCCUCGGCAUCAGCCUGCCGCCCUUGAUUCCUUCUAUCCCCGGAGUGACAGAGCCUUUGGCCUCCAACGCACCUCCUCUCCCGGUCCUUCAGAUCCCCACGCCUCCUCUCGACAGCCCUCCUUUCGCCGGCGUCAACAUCAAGCCCAAGAAGAUUGGCUACUUCUGGACUGGGGCUGGAGACAACAUCCACAAGGACUUUCUGGUGACUGCGAGUCUGGACGACGACACAUUCGGUCAAAUCAUUGGCGUCACUGAUGUGCCGACGAGUGGCAAUUCCCCUCACCACUUGGGCACCUCCCUCGACGGGAAGACCCUCAUCGGUGGUGGCCUUCUGUCUCUGCUCAAGACCCAGGACACGGCCUUCUACUUUGACGUCUCCAACCCCUAUGCGCCUAAGUUCAAGAAGUCUAACCGCGCUCUUCUGAGCUCUAUCGUUGAUGAGAUCCGAGCCAAGCCAGAGGGUGGCUUCUUUAUCACAUACAUGGGAAGUGCUGUGGGCACUUCCCCUGGCCGCCUCGUUGAGACCAACGCUGAGGGUGACAUCAUCCACGAGUGGCCGGAGGACGUCUCCGGAACGCUUAACAUCUUGGGCGAGCAGUUCAGCCCGCACGGCCUUGCGGUGGACUUCAACAAAGGCAUCAUUCUGACCUCGGACUUCGUCGUGCCCCUAAGCAUUCUGAAGCCGACAUUGGGGAUUCAGAAGGCCAGCACUUUGCGUCUGUGGAACUUAUCCGACAGGACCAUCAUCUCGACCAUCACCAUACCCGAUGGGCUGGGCAUUCAGGAUGUUAAAUUCAUCCCUGGCAACCCUGAGAGUGCUGCCAUCGCCACUGCCGUCGGGCCGGGCCAGGUCUGGAUCAUCUACCCCUUCCGGCGCGACUCCUCCGGCAAGCAGGGCGUCGCCGAGCUGCUGUACGACCUGGGCCCCAAAGCAAAGGACUCACUGGCGAUUUACUCGGACAUCACCGAUGACGGAAAGUUUGCCUACUUUACCAUCACUCUGGGCAACCACGUUGCUGCGCUCGACAUCUCAGACCUGAAUAAUGUCAAGAGACUCGACGACCCCAACGAAACACAACCCAUCAUCGGUCCCCACUACGUCAAGAUCAGCCCUGACAAGAAGAACCUACUGGUUACCGGGUACUUCGUACAGGCUGGGGAAAUCUCGAUCGUGAAUACGCCGGGUGACUACAAAGGUCACUGGCUCGAUAUCCUCCCGGAUGGAAGUCUGAGCUUCAACAGGUCGAUUGACUUUGAGAACAUCUUCACCCGCGACCGUGGCGGCGCGCGACCUCACUCGUCUGUCAUCUUCGAUUUGACUGACCCUGAGAACCCCAAGUAUUACUGA